GGGCUAGCAGAACAGUAUUUGAAACAUGUCUACCUCCAACUUCAAAAACAAAUGUGUCACUCAAGUGAAUUGUAUAUACUGUGAGAGUCUACUCUGCACAAGAGGAAUGAAGGCAGUACUUCUUGCAGACACCGAAAUUGAGCUGUUUUCUACGGACAUACCUCCCAACAGGACUGUUGACUUUGUAGCCAGCUGCUACUCUACAGAAAGCUGCAGAUGCAAACUGAGAGAUAUCGCCUGCCUGAAAUGUGGUAAUGUUGUGGGGUAUCACGUGGUCGCUCCCUGUAAGCCCUGCUUGCUGUCCUGUAACAAUGGCCAUUUCUGGAUGUUUAACAGUGAUGCUGUGUCCACCCUCAACCGACUGGAUGCUACAGGUUUAAACUUGUUGCUGUGGGGGGACCUUCCCGAGCUAGAGGACAGCGAGAACGAGGAAUCAGAAAGCCCAUCAGAGGAGGAGUGUAUCAGGUAGAGAGUGAUGAGAGAUGGAGGAGCAAAAUGUUACCCUGUGACCUACCAGAACCCCCAGGAACAGACAGAGAAGAAGCAGUGAGCGGAAGAGGAGAGGGGGGCUUACCCUGUGACCACAUCCCCCUUCCCAACAUCUGCCCGUUAGAAACACACUCUCCUCUCACGGUCCGAUCUUUCUCCCUUUCACUCUCUCUCUCUCUUUGGGUGAAACCAAUGGUAGAACUGCCCUCUCUCCUCAAACUCACAACUGAAACCCCACUCAAACAAA